AUGACGGUCGAGCUACACUCAGACCUUGCCUACAGGCCGGCCCCGGCACCCAGGGAAAUCAGAAUCAACACUCACCCCCAAACCGAAAUCGAGAGACGACACAAACACUCCAGGUCCUCCUACUCAGAUGGCUCACCCCUCAUGUCGAGGAAUAAUUCUUUGACCUUCCGCCCGGCCAAAAGGUUUCUGACCGGUCCUGAUAAGACAAUCGCUGUUAUCAAUGCUGCCGGCAGACAGGCUGCUUCCUUCAUCCGGGUUGCCACAGCAGUCGGCUACCAUGUUCGAGCCCAGAUGAGGAAUCUCGAGGGCGUGAUCGCUACCGAAGUGGCUACCAACCCCAACGUGACGGUCCUCCUUGGAGAGCUGUACACGAAGGAGAAGAGCAAACCCGGCGAGCCUGCACAGAUCGACGUAUCUAAGAAUGGUCCUAUCUCCGGCAUCGGCGUCAAUCACAACCUGAUCAAGGAGCUCUUCCGGGGUACCCAGCUGGCCUUUAUCAACACCACAUUUUAUGGCGAUGAGAAUCUCAUCGGCGAGGCUCUCGCCGACGCAGCAAAGGCGGCAGGCAUUCAGCAUUAUGUUUAUUCAUCCAUGCCGGAUCACAACACUUAUAACCCAGACUGGCCAUCGCUGCCACUUUGGUCUUCGAAGCACCAGGUCGAGGAAUAUGUUAGGAAAAUCGGGUUGCCAGCAACGUUUGUUUACACGGGUAUAUAUAACAACAACUUCACAUCUCUUCCGUACCCUCUGUUUUGCACCGCCCUGCAAAAAGACGGCUCCUUUGUCUGGCAGGCCCCUUUUCACCCCGACGCCAAGCUUCCGUGGCUUGAUGCAGAACAUGACGUGGGGCCAGCCGUCCUUCAGAUCUUCAAGGACGGUGUGAAGAAAUGGGGCGGCGGCAAGCGCAUCGCUCUCGCCUACGAGAUGCUCACUCCCAGGGAGGCGUGCCGCCACUUUGCGAAGGGGGUCGGUCGGCCGGUGCGCUAUGUCCAAGGCCCGAUUGAGGUCACGGUGCCGAUUCCCGAGGGUUAUCGCUGCCAGCUGGAGGCUCUGGAGACGUUGUUCACCCUUGGAGGUGACGACCCGAAGAAGCAGCCCCCUUACUUUGGCGACCUCGAGCUGGAGAACGACUGCCCCAAGACUGCCCUGGAGCUCUGGGAAGGACCACGAGGGCUGGAGGAGUAUGCGCGCGAGGUUUUCCCUCUGGAGGAACACGCGAAUGGUUUGACGUGGAUGCUGGAAGAGGAGGACGAAGGCGAGACGGAGCCGGAGAACAAUGGCAACGGUAACGAUUAUGGCGUCAAGGGCGGCAGUAAUCACCAGCCAGAAGAGGGACACGCAAACGGGGACCAUAAUCACCACCAACAACAAAACGGGUCGGUUCCGAGAAAUGGGGAGUAUCACCACCACCAACACCAAAAUGGAGACAGGCACGACUCUGAAGAUGAGGAUGAUGACGAUGAGGAUGAGGGUCUGGUGAUGCGAGGCCCCAAGCGGGAGGAUGAAGGGUGGCUUGCAUAG